CUAAACCGGAAGCUUCCUUGUCUCAUGCCUCGUUUUAGCAGUUGUGGGGGGGGAAAAAAAAAAUCGUCUGCCAGCAGUCCAGGGAUAUUAGUUCGUGGUGCGAUCAUGGCCGCCGCCUUCACAUGUUGGCGUGUUAUUCCUAGUGUUUUCCCAAAGCGCUUGGUAUUACCAAUAAACAGACCAGUUAAGGAUGUGCAGCACUUGAUCAGCAUGUCUCAGUCUACCCAGUCCUCAGAUGCACCUAAGAAACCACCUAAACCAUUUGUGAAGUUUUUGAAGGAGAAGAUUUCAGAAAUCAAAAUGAAUGACCCAGGUAUCAGUCCUUCCGAAAUUAACAAGACUGCAAGUCGUAUGUGGCGUCAGCUCGGUCCAGAGGGGCAAAGAACAUACAGGUUACAGAGUCGAGAAGAAUAUGUGGACUACAAGAAGAAAAAUUCGCAGUAUUUGGGUGAAGAACAGGCAGCUCAGCUUGACAAAAGUGCGGAAAAUGUAUCCAUCAGAAAAUUGAAACGCAAACAUACCGAGGAGAUGCGCAUACUGGGAAAGCCAAAGCAACCACCAACUGCAUACCAAAUGUUUAUGAGAUCUUCAUGGCUUGAACAGGAUGGUUCAUCUGUAGCUCAAAAAAGCAAAGUUCUUGCAGCAAAUUGGCACAAUAUGCCUGAAGAAGAGAAAAAGAAAUAUGAGGAAGAUGCCAGGCUAGAAAAAGACAAGUACUUAAAGGAACUAAAAGAGUGGGAGGAGCAAAUGAUGGGAAACAAACAUGUUAUUCCCAAACCCAUAGGUAAAAGAGGAAAGAACCCAUCCUGCGUAACAUUCUUUAUACCACCAGAAUUCAGAUGAUGUCGCAUAAAUAACGUGCUUCAGGAAAAUCACAGAUUCUUGAAAUCUUCUAAUGUGUUUGCUUCAUGUGGAUAUGUCAGAUAGUCCUGGUGCCUUAAUCCAGUAUUUUUACAGCUGAUGUGCCAGUGGACUUUAAAGCUUACUGGAAGAACAAGCUCCCAACUUUCAUUUCCUAAAUUCCAGACCUGUCCAGGCCAGGCAGUGCUUGCCAUGCUGCCCAAAGUACUGCCAAAGGUCAAAUGAAUUUUCUUCUGAUCAUCCCCUUCAACUGGAGUCAGUCUAGCAGCCAUGUUCACUGUAUUUUUCUCAGAUGCUGCCUCAUGCACCUACCUGAUUGAAACAAUAAUGCAGCUGGAUCCAUCUUCCAUCUGAACCUCUAUGUCUGGGCAUUAUCAGGAGUGUAGUCACCAGAUGCUUUGUAGCAAUCGUCUCGGCAGCUUGAACUUGAGAGUUCAUACAUGCCCUUUUCUUCAGAUCGAUAGGUCUUCAGUUUCAGGGCAGUGACUUGUCUCUCUCCUCACACACCCAGGAUUGGGUUAAGAAUUUCCUGCUCUCACUCAAUCCUUAGGAAGUCAGUCUUCACCCUCCUCCUAAGGGGGAACCCCAUGAUCUGAAUAGGCUUCAAGAUCCAAUGCUAGCCUAAUGCAUCAUUCUUACAAGACCUGCCACCGCAAGAGGGACAGGUGCCGUCUGUUCUUACCUUUGCGGGAGGGGAGAACGGACAUCACAGCAUAGUCUAUAUCAGCCUAGAUAGAAAUGGUUUUGAGAGAAUUAUUGAUCAGUCCCUGGAAUGCAAAAAAAAAAAA